ACCUGCUGCUGCUGACCAUGCUGACCCUGUGUCCUGAUAUAUAUCUUAUGCUACCCUGAAAUCUCAUGCACAGGAAGCAUCUGGAUGUUCCCCUGCUGUAUGGGGCAUUCUUUCAGGGGUUUAUCUCAGUUUCGUUCUGCUUCGUUCUGGCACAAAGCCCUGAAAAAGUAAUCUGACUAACCCAAGCUCUCUGCAGAUCCAGAUCGCCCAUCUCUCGCCACCCUUGAGACGCAAGUGAUUUCAGCUGUGUCCACCUGCUUGGAGUUGGUUGUCUUGGGGACGUGAGCAUUUGGCAGGCUGCAAACUGCUCCCCACGGCUUAAAUGGACAUCAUAGCACAUCUCUCUGCUGGAACGUGCAUCCCAGGAUAAUCUGAUCCAUUGUGAACUAAUUUCCAAGAAAAAAAAAACCACAACAACAACACACAACUCUCCUUUCUACAUUUUGGUUUCUUUAAUUUAUGGCUUGCUCUCACACAGAAAACCUACAUUUUAAUGCUGAUAUUGCUCCCCUCUAAAUCUUCUGUUACAUGGAAGUAUAAAGGGUCUGUCUUCAUUGAACCCUCAUCAGGAGGGGUUAAUAGCAGGUCACAGAGAGGUGGGAAGAGACUUAAAAACACUGUGAGAAGGUGAAAGGAAACACCCAGCUUUGCCUUUUUUAAACCCAUGUGGAGGAAACAAAGCUUCUUCCGUUACGGAUGGAGGUAGUGGAGUCGGUAUGUUCAGCCUAAGCCCGAGGUGGUGACUGGGAGGCACCUGCAGCACCCUUUUUGCCUUACGUUGGACCCUACAUUGUACUUGGUCAGCGGUGACGGCAGAACCUCAGCGGGAAACAUGGUUGUCGUAAGGAGGAGGAACGUGAAAGUGUUUACCUUCGCCUUUUUGCUCAUCACAGUAACGUCAUUUCUGCUGAACUACACGCACCAGGUGACCACGACCACCUGGGAUCUGAGACAUCUCAUCGUGCAGUUUUCAGAGCAAGUCCAAAAACUCUUCAAGUACCCCAGGAGACCAUGCAGCUGUCGCACGUGCAUUUCUGAGCUGGGACAUUCCCUCUGGUUCGAUCAGAGAUUUAAUUCAACUAUGCAACCUUUCCUGACCUCACAAAACGCCUUGAUCCCAGAAGAGAGUUACAAGUGGUGGCUGAAACUGCAAGGAGAGAAAACUCCAAAGAAUAUUAAUGCUACUCUCAAGGAAUUGUUUGGGAUCAUUCCUGGGGUUGGGGAUCCGCUGCAGGAGCGAGGCACUUACACAUGCAGACGAUGCGCCGUCGUGGGCAACUCUGGGAACCUUCGGCAGUCUCAGUAUGGCCAAGAUAUUGACUCCCAUGACUUUGUACUCAGAAUGAACCGUGCCCCCACCGCUGGCUACGAAUCAGAUGUUGGGAGCAAAACCACUCACCACUUUGUUUACCCUGAGAGCUACAAAGAACUGGCGGAAAAUGUGAGCAUGAUCCUGAUCCCCUUCAAAACCCUGGACCUGCGCUGGGUUGUCACUGCUCUCACCACAGGCACCAUCAACUUCACAUAUGUUCCAGUUCCACGGAAAAUCAAAGUCAAAAAAGAAAAGAUCCUGGUUUAUAAUCCAGCUUUUAUGAAAUAUGUCUACGAAAACUGGCUCCAGCAUCAUGGGAGAUACCCCUCCACAGGCCUUCUGUCUUUGAUGCUGGCACUCCACCUAUGUGACGAGGUGAAUGUGUACGGUUUUGGAGCAGACAGCAAAGGACACUGGCACCAUUACUGGGAAAACAACGCUUCAGCUGGGGCUUUCCGGAAGACAGGUGUCCAUGAUGGGGAUUUUGAGUUCAAUGUAACUUUGACUCUUGCCUCCAUUGAAAAAAUAAAUUUUUUCAAGGGCAGAUGACCCUGGCCACGGGGAGAAGUGAGGGCUGCAAUUUCCAGCAUGCAGCAGAACAAAGCUCAGUGGGGAUGGUCUGGGCGCCAGUCAGGUUUGAACGCAUGAAUCUGCGGUGGAUCCAGAGCGUCUCACUGCUGCAGUGCUCACUGCAGGGAGCUCGGCCAAGGACCGGCUUCCACGCUGCACGGGAUUUCCUAUCUACAGAUAGCUGGGAACUACCAAUCCGUAGUGGGAAUAAAUGAAUCUCUGCUUAGGCUCUAUGGCUUGAUUCUUGAAUUACUGAUGAAAGAUCUCCCUGUUGCAAUUAGGGGAAACCUGGGCACAGGAACUGCUCUUUAUGUGUCAGUUCUUUCCUCAGGUAAGGCAGGAGAUCCUCGAAGAAGAGUGGAAACAACUUCUGGGACUUGAGACCCACUAGGGCAGCUGUGAACAUCAUAGUAAGGAUUACCUCAAAGAAAUGAAUUCACUUCUGCUGUUGAUCUUUUUGAACUGUUUCUUCUUUUUCCUCUAUUACUUCUGGUUUCAUGCUGUAUUAAGGAAAAACAUGAUGAAGUUGCCUGGAGUAGUAAAUAUUUCAACCAUUGCCUCAUUCUGAAUUGAUAGUGUCUAGAAAAUAUGGAUCAAAUCAUCUCUGACAUAUAUUAUUUAAUAUUGCUUCCUAUACAGCCAUAAUGAGAUAGUAAACAAUACUGAAAACUCCAGCAAAAAAAUGGCCUUUUUAGCCACUUCUUUGUUUGUCUUCUUUGGUUAUAUAUAAUUUUUAUUUCUUUUUUUUUUGGUGGAAAAUACUCUGGAAUGUUCAUUUUUAUUUAAUCGGUUUAAGGUUGGAAAGUGGACUUUUUUCUUUCAGUCAUUUAUAUGUGCCUUUUAUAAUUGUGCAACAGAUGUGAUUUUUUUUUUUUUAUGAUGACAAAUGCUAAAUUAAACUUUUUUAUAAAAGGGGGAAAAAAUAACCAAAGUUUAGCCUCCAUGUGGUAUACUUUUGUAGUCAAAUACCAUAGUAACAGCUCCUAUAUUGUAUUUGAGCAAACACAAACAAGAAUAAUUUCUAAAGGUAGCUUUUACCUUUUUUUAUGGGAAAAUAUCCAAACAUUGCAAGGAAAUUUUUCUUAUUUUUUUACAAAGUUAGAAAGUGGUAUCUCUUCACAAGGUCUCUAUCUGAAAUGGAGGAAAUAUCAUGGGUUGGGAUAUCAGCUAGUAAUACAAUAGGAAUCUUUUGCCCUGUAACAGCAUCUACAAGGACACAAUCUACGCAAGCUGAUCCUACAGUGUAAGCCAGACUUCAAAAUUAUGUGCAUCUCUGGAGGAAUGAGUGUAUUAAUGUCAGUACUUCUAGGCAGUGAGAGGAGGGAAGUGACACUGGAAAUUUUAUGGCCACAAAUCUUUGCUGGAAUCAACGUGUUUAAUCCUCAAGGACAGAUAAAGUACAAAUCUAAGAAUGAAGUUCAGGUAGUGAAGAACGGAGAACAAUGUCUUUUUCUUCCCAAUAUUAUGAAAAUAGAAUUCAUGGAUUAUUGAUCCAUUCUCAGCUCUUGGGAAGGCAAUGGAGUUCUUACCACAGACUUCAAGGGACUUUAGAUCAGGCUUGGAAAAAAUGUCUUAUUUCAUUUUUUAUGGAUUAUGGUAGUUGGGGUUUGUGGCAAUUUAGAACCCAUCAUCUAAAUAACUCGUCAGUCAUGCACCAAUCAUGGCAGCAUGUCCAAGCGGAUGAGUAUCUGAGCUCAGUGAAAGCCUAGCACUUUGACCAGUGAUGUGCUCCAGUCCAAGAUUUAUCCCCUUGUCUUUCCAUGCUGGUUAUUAACAGUGAGCUCCCCUCCGAGACAGAAAUUCAUGGCACAAUGACAUUGACAGCUGGAAUAUCCCUGUUUUGGGCCACAGCACUGGUCACCAACAUGAACUGCUUUACCCACAUAAGUGUCACUGGACUCACAGUGUAUAAAGAGAUGAGGAUGCCAAACAUCUUUGCAGGGAACUGAGCUCCCUUCACUGUACACACAUGACCCUUCAGUUUAACAAUACGAAAAGGACAGGAUUUUCAAAUCCUUGUGCUGAGACGUGUUCAUGAUCCUCAUGUCAAGAAGCCCUUUCCCAGCACUGUGGCCAGCAGAACUCACCUGCAUGUCACAGGCACGUCAAAUUCAAUGGGCUUACUGUCUUCUACAUGUCCUUUGUAAAAGAAUGAAACAUUGCUACCUGAACUGUCUUUUGUUUUAAGCAUUCCCACUGUUUAAAUUGUUAAUAUGCUUCUGGUGAGAUGUCAUAGCAAUACAAGCAAAGCAUCUUCAAGAGGAAGAAGAUUCCAUGAAACACCAUAAUGGUAUCUUCACCCUAUGGCUGGAUUUUAGAGAUACUGUUUUCAUCAUAAGCUUCAAUUUUUAUUUUUUUUUUUCUCAUGGACAGAUGUCAGUAAU